AUGGAGCAAAAAGAUAAGAUUAUGGAGGUUUUAAAGAAAUGUGAAGGAGCAAUUGGUUGGACAGUAGCAGAUUUAUAAGGGGUAAAUUCUAAUAUCUACAUCUAUCAAAUUUAUUUAGAGGAAAAUGUAAAAUCUACUAAAGAAAUGUAAAAGAGAUUGAACCCAAAAAUGAGAGGUAGUCAAAAUAGAGAUUUUAAAGUGGAUUGACGCAAGAAUAAUUUAUCUAAUUUCUAAUAGUCCAUGGGUGAGUCCAACACGUGGUUCUAAAAAAGUUAGGUUAGACAAUCACCAAGACGUAGAAAGGUGAAGAAUUACCAACGAGAUCAACCACAAGUUGAAGGGUCUACAUUGACUAUUGAAAACUUAAUGUAGUGAUGAAUGAAGAUCACUUCCCUCUCUCAUUUUCCAGACUAGAUCUUAGAGACAUUAGCAGGACAACAAUAUUUUUGCUUUUUAAAUGGGUACUCAAGCUAUAAUCAAAUAGUCAUUUAUCCCAAAGAUCAAGAAAAAACUACUUUUACAUGUUCCUUUGGUACAUAUGCAUUCAAGAAAAAGCCCUUUAGAUUAUCUAAUGCACCUACUAUAUUCCAAUGCUGCAUGAUGUCUAUCUUUUUUUAUAAGAUUGGUGAUUUUCUCAAAAAAUUAUGGAUGAUUUUUCAAUUUUCAAAUCGUCAUUUGAACACUACUUGAAUAUUUUGACUAAGGUACUGAAACAAUGUGAAAAAAAUAAUCUUGUAUUAAGUUGGGAGAAAAGCCAUUUUAUGGUCAAAGAGGGUGUUGCCUUAAGUCACAUUAUAAGUGAGAGAGGGAUUGAGGUGGAAAUAACAAAGAUUGAUGCUAUUGUCAAUCUACCUCCACCAUAAUCAGUUAAAUAAAUUCAUGCGUUCCUUGGACAUGUUGGAUUUUAUCGACAUUUCAUAAAAUAUUUUUGUAUGAUUGCUCGACUAUUAACAACAUUAUUGGAAGAAGACAUCCCAUUUGAUUUUGAUGAAUUUUGCAUUGAAUCUUUUUGACUCUUAAAACAACACUAACGAAAGCACGAGUCAUCCAAACACCAGAUUGGUCCAGACUGUUUGAGGUCAUGUGAUACAUCUAAUUCUACUAUUGACGUAGUCUUAAGACAAUAGAUACAUAAUCAACCCGUGGUGAUUUAUUGUGCUAGAAAAACCAUAACCGUUGUGCAACUCAAUUACACCACCAUGGAGGAGCUAUUAGUUAUGAAAUUUAGGUCAUACAUUACAAGAUCAAAAGUAAUAGUUUAUUCUAACCAUGUAAUAUUGCAAUAUUUAUUAACUAAAAAAGAGGUUAAGCCAAGACUAUUACAACGGAUUUUGUUAUUACAAUAACUUGACUUGGAGAUUAAGAAUAAAAAGAACUCUAAAAAUAUUGUCAUUGAUCAUUUAUUUUGAAUUGUGCAGUUUGAUAAAUCUAUGUUGCAAGACGUAUUUCUAGAUGCACAACUUUUAUCAAUUUAACAAGUGAGAAACUUGACAUGGUAUGCAAAUAUGGUCAAUUAUCUUGCCAUUAGAAAAAUACCUUUAGGCUGAAGAAAAGAAGAAUGAGAUCGAUUCUUCUUCUAAGUAAAUUUUUUUUUUUUAGAUGAUCUUGAUUUAUUUCAUUUAGGAGAAGCUCAAAUUUUACGAGGUUGUGUUCCAGAAGAGAAGGAAGGUAAAAUCUUACAAUUUUUUCAUUAUUUACCUUGCAGGGGUCAUUUUGCAGGCCAGAAAACAACGAUGAAAGUAUUGUAGAGUGGGUUUUACCAGCCAUCUUUAUUUCAAGACUCACAUGCCUUUAGUAAACAUUGUACCAAAUUUCAAGCCAUGACAAAUAUAAAGAAGAAACAUUCCAUGCCUUUACAAUUCAUUUUAGAAGUUCAAAUAUUUGA